GUGUGUUAUUUAUAUACCGUAUUAAUUUGGUAGGCUACCUACCUGUGUUUUAUGUUAAAUUCUAUUUCUAUGAAAUGAACUUACAAACUCAAUUCGCUCAUGGUAUUUGAUGUGCCAUUUGUUAAAUUCAUUCUCAAGCUGAAAUAUUAUAAAAAUUCACUUUGGAAUUAUUUAUUAAGACCAUCAUCACUCGUUACGAGUAAUUUCUCUGAAGCAAGGAUCGGGCACGAACAGGCCUACAUUUAAUUGUUUGAAUAUACUCUAUUGAUAGAGCUACUCCUCUAUUUAACAUAUCGGUACUCUAAUUUCCAUUAAAGGAGGAUAAGCAUGAUCGUUUCAAUGAAGAUUCCAUAUUCUAUUUGUUCACAAUUACUAUCAUAGUAGAACUAAACGAACUAGACCAAAAACAAUAGAACUUUUAAUGUUGGGCAUCGGACAUGAAUCAUCUUGAGAAAUAUUGUCAGAUGAAGCCUGUACAAUGAAAAGCAGUUGCUCCAGUAAUUGCAGUGAAAUGUUAUCAACAUUAAUUUUAUGAUCCAAUUAUGCACAAACACAUGCUAGGAAGUAGAGGUUUGACAGAAUCCAAGGACUGACUGUCCACAUAAUAAAGCACGAAAUCAGAGGAGGAAGUUCAUUUGCGGAAUACACGAUGCACCUGAAAGUCUUACUAUUACUUCCAUUAGGAUGCAUCCACCUGUUCAUCAUAAAUGUGAAUACACUAUGCCUGUUCAAGUUUUGGAAACUAUCACAGCCAGUGUCAAACUACCCCUUGAGAAAUUUGCCAGUAUUUCACAAUAUCAUGUAUCAAACUAAGAUCAGAUGGGCUAAUGCACUGCAAAAUUGGAACAAUGGACAGUCAUCCCCACAGACUCCAAGUUCUCCACAGCCUCCUGCAACACAACAACCAGCAGCAGCACCUGCGACACAACAACCUGCGUCACAACAACCUGCAACACAACAACCUGCGUCACAACAACCUGCAACACAACAACCUGCGUCACAACAACCUGCAACACUACAACCAGCAGCACCACCUGCAUCACAACAACCUGCAACACAACAGCCUGCAACACAACAACCUGCAACACAACAACCUGCGUCACAACAACCUGCGUCACAACAACCUGCAACACAACAACCUGCAACACAACAACCUGCAACACAACAACCUGCAACACAACAACCUGCAACACAACAACCAGCAGCACCACCUGCAACACAACAACCAGCAGCACCACCUGCAACACAACAACCUGCAACACAACAACCAGCAGCACCACCUGCAACACAACAACCAGCAGCACCACCUGCAACACAACAACCUGCAACACAACAACCUGCAACACAACAGCCUGCAACACAACAACCAGCAGCACCUCCUGCAACACAGCCUCCUGCUACAGCUCCUGAUACAGCUCCUGCUACAGCUCCUGCUACAGCUCCUGCUACAGCUCCUGCUACAGCUCCUGCUACAGCUCCUGCUACAGCUCCUGGUAUAGCUCCUGCUCCAGCUCCUGCUGCUGCUAAUACUCCUCAAGCACCUUCAUCGAAUAUGAUUGAAUCUUCAGCAACUUAAGUAGCCCAUCAGCUUUGAUGUAGGCAAAUCGUAACUGUGGAGAACAGACUCUGAAAGAUAUUAAUUGGUCUUGGUUGCAAUAACAAGCUAUAACUCUUAAAACCAACAAAUAAUCAUUCAAUUUAGCCUCAUUUGUUCAACUAAGCCUACUGUAAAGCGAUUGUUAUCUAAUUUCUGUAGACUAAUUUUUACCACAAAAAUGUAAUAAAAUCUACAAUAAAUUAAUGAAAUUUAUUAAUAUAAUACUUGAUCUAACAUUAUAGUGUUGGAACCAUAUUUUAUUCACAACCAGUCAACAAUAAACUAUUACCUUAUAUAGAGAGUAUACUCCAAAAAUUGUAAAUUUUUAAUUUAACUUGUAACAAUAUACCGGUACCUAUAAUUUUCACUGUAAGAAAAUGGCAGUUUACAGACACACACCGAUCUUGUGAUGACAUGACGCCGAUGCGACACCCCAUUGGUCAAUUUCAAGUUAUUCCUGAUUCAAAUCGGCCAAUAUUGAAAGACCGAUUGAAAAAUUGGGGGUGUUGUGUCGGUAUCGUGUAGCUCAAAAUAAUUACGGUAAGUGUAAAAACAAUCAUUCUGUGUUACUGUUACAGUAGCCAAAUGAAAUAGGUAUUUUUCAAAGAGACAGUUAUAAGAAAUAAUAGCAUUGAGUAGUAGUUACUAAAUUGUAACAAAUAAUUGAAUAAAGUUUUAAGAAAA